CUAAAUUAUCCAUAUAACAGAACUCGGCCCAUAUUACUUCUUACUGAUUGCCAAACCCUAUAUCAAGAUCUUCACUCCCAAGAACACGCCGUCGUCCCCAAACCCUAGCCACCGAGUGUGCGUGUGAGAGAGAGAGGUAAGAGAAAACCAGAAAUGGGACGUGUGAUUAGGGCACAGCGUAAGGGAGCAGGGUCGGUCUUCAAGUCCCAUACCCACCACCGGAAGGGGCCUGCCAGGUUCCGCAGCCUCGACUUUGGCGAACGCAAUGGUUACCUCAAGGGUGUCAUCACCGAAAUCAUCCACGAUCCCGGCCGUGGUGCUCCUCUUGCUCGCGUCACAUUCCGUCAUCCUUUCCGCUACAAGCACCAGAAGGAGCUGUUUGUCGCCGCUGAGGGCAUGUACACCGGUCAGUUCGUUUUCUGUGGGAAGAAAGCGAAUUUGAUGGUUGGAAACGUCCUUCCUCUCAGAUCUAUCCCUGAGGGAGCUGUCGUUUGCAACGUAGAACAUCAUGUCGGUGACCGUGGUUCGUUCGCCAGAGCUUCUGGUGAUUACGCCAUCGUUAUUAGUCACAAUCCCGAUAACGGCACCACUAGGGUGAAGCUGCCAUCAGGAGCAAAGAAGAUCGUGCCGAGUGGAUGUCGUGCUAUGAUCGGUCAGGUUGCCGGAGGAGGGCGUACUGAGAAGCCUAUGCUGAAAGCUGGUAACGCAUACCAUAAAUUCCGUGUGAAGAGAAACUGCUGGCCUAAGGUUAGAGGUGUCGCCAUGAAUCCAGUCGAGCAUCCCCAUGGUGGUGGUAACCAUCAACACAUUGGUCAUGCAAGUACGGUUCGCCGUGAUGCACCACCAGGUCAAAAGGUUGGUCUUAUCGCCGCCAGAAGAACCGGGCGUCUCAGAGGUCAAGCUGCAGCUACUGCUGCCAAGGCUGAUAAAUAGGUUUUUUGAUAUUUUUGUUUCAGAAUACUCUUAUGUUGGUUUGUUUUUGCGAAUUUAUCAUGGUUGAGUUUUGUUUGAAAUUUGACUCUUGAAGGUUAGUCUACAUAUUCUUAAUGCCUGUUUUACAUUUUCAUGAGUAACUUAAUCAUGUCUUACAACAAUUUACGUUGCCUAAAACUAAAAUUUUGCAAGUAUUAUGACAUAGUUGAGCCCAAUACCCUUUCGACUUGUGGAGAAAAGUCGUGGAUCUCUUUUAAUCCCCGUCUGUAUUCGUGGAUACUGAUCAUCCAUGUUUGGAUGUACGAUUUUUAUAACCAUACUUUUAUGCACAAAACCAUAAAUUAACCAUAUGGAUAUGUAUUACUUCAUAUUCAACCUAAUUAUACUUAUAAACUUAAAAACUAUUGCGUCUAGUUCAGCCUGAGGUUGUCGGGGGUUUUCUUUUUUUAUGGGAUCCAACCGUCUUUAUUAAAAAGAAAAUUACUUGUACGGAGUAUGUUGUCAUUGUGCAGGGGGGUGGGUGGUAUCUGUAUUGACAUGUUUCACAGUCAAUGUUUAUGCAUCCGCAGGAGGAUGCUAAAACGAUGAUUUAUUGGUUACUUUAAUGCAACAUGAAACCAUGAUUUUUGGUGACUUAAUGCCACUUGAAAUCAAGGUGGGUCUAUGUGAUAUUCCUAUGAGUGUUUUUUCCUAAAAUUGAGUAAGUUCAAAUGGAGCUAAGUCUAGUAAGCUUGAUCGUUUCUUAUCGACUCUUAUUGACUGAAGACAUUCAUCAUCCAAAUUUGCAUGCUACUGCGUUGGAUCUGAUUUGUUCUAUCAUAGACAGACUGGUUAGGUUAUCCCAACAAGCUUCUGAUUGUGGUCCUCGUCCGUUUAGAUUUUAUAAUUCAUGGAAGAUAGAAUACGUUUUGAUGAGGUGGUGAAGGCAUUUUGGACUAGAUUGAGGGAGAGCUGGACAGAGGGCCUAAAGGAUAUUCUAAGAAAGUCAUGGUGUGAAGUCAAAGCUAAAAGAAACCAAGAAAAAGAUAGACCGUUGAGUCGUCUUAAUGAAAUUAACACUUGUGAAAAAGAUAGAGUGGGCCACGAAUCUAACACUUGUGAAAUAACUCUUUUUGAAUCAUUUUCGUGAGAAGUUCAAAAAAAAUUCUAAAUGUUGAAGAUGUCGGGAGGAGAUCUUGAUUUAAAGCUCUCUCGAAUGUUCAUGAUCUCCGUCUUGAGCAUGUGGUUAUGAUUGAGGAAGUCAAAAAAGCUGUUUGAUCAUGUGUCAAUGAUAAGGCUCCAAACCCGGAAGAUUUUUCUCAUUUAUAGAGGUUUAUUGUGAGAUUCUUAAAGAAGACAUUCUAGAUUUUACGGC